AUGGGAAAUUCAAAAGACAAACCAAUAAAAUAAUAACAAUAACAAUAAUAACAACAAUAGCAAUCACAAUAACAAUACCAAUAAUAAUAAUAAUAAUAAAAAUAACAAUAACAAAUACAAUCAUAAUAAUAAUCCAAAAAACCUAAUCAAAUACAAAAUCAAUAUCAUAUUGCUUAUACAACAACUUUUAACAAUUUUUAACGAGAAAACAAAAUCAAUGUUUCGUAAAUUCCAAUUGAUAAUUAAUAUUUAUCAAAGUAAUUUAAGUAAUUCGUCCUAUCUAUAUUUUAAACUGAUACCUUAACUUUACAACAGUUUUUAGAUUUAUGUGAUAUCUUAACAAAAGCUCCUGACUAUAAUUUUAAAUUAUUAAAUAAGAUGCGUCCAGUUGAAUUGAUGUUCAAAUUGAUGGGGUAUUCAGAAAAUGAUUAAAUCCCUAAUGAGGUAUGUUUGAGUGUGCUUUAGACUUUAUUCAGCAUGAUAAAAAGUGGAGAAGCAGCAAAGUAUUUAAUGAAUAGAAUAUAUGGUAAUUAUAAUAAUUCUAUUAAUAGAUGAUAGUUAAGAUUUCUCUUAGAGAAUAGGAUAUGUAUGCAAUAAAAUAAAUACUACAAUGCCUUUGAUUUCUGAUUAUAUUGAGAUUUAUUGGGUCAAUACAUUGUCAUGCAACUAAAUGUAAACAAAAUAAAUGAAACCAAUAAUUAAAUAAAGUUCUAAAAUUAUUGAUGAUGAAAUAUAUACCGUACUUUGUACUUAAAAUCAUUUCUGUACAGAAAUGACUCAAUUAUAUAAUAAUUAAAGCAGUGGUACAAGUUUUAACAGAUUGGCAUGGAAUAUUUUAGGAUAUGGAGGUCCAACUCUGAUACUUAUAUAUGUAGAUAAGAAAUGUAUUUAUUAAUUAUUUUUUUAGAAGAUAAUAUCCCAAUAAUAUUUGGUGCAUAUAAUCCAAAUGCUUGGAGUGAUGGGUUGAAAUUUUAAGGAGAUUCUGGAUGUUAUCUAUUUUCGAUAAGUCCAAGUUUCAGGAUUUUUGGUACAACUGGUAAUGGAUAAAAUUAUGCUUAUUUAAAUACAAAAAAUAUUGAUAGAUCUAAAUAUAAAGUGGGAUUAGGUUUUGGAGGGAAUUCAGAGCAUACUUAAUUUAGAUUAUGGAUAGAUGAUGAGAUUGAAAAUAGAUCAAAAGUGGGAUCAGAAGAUGACACUUAUUAACCUGGCUAUAUUGCUGGAGAAAUUGAAGGAUAAAUAGGAAUUAUAUUUAUAGAAGUUUGGGGAUUAGGAGGAAAAUAAGCAUUGAUUUAAUAGGAUAAAUAUCGAUAAGAAAGAAUGGAAGAGUAAUUAUAUGAAUGUAAAUUGGUAGAUUAGAGAGGAUGAGAAAAGUAGAUAAAAAAUAAUUCUUUAGUGGAUUUGAUUAAGCUAUGUUUCUAGAGAAAACAUUUGCUCAUAGAGAUUAAGUUAGAGAAGAGAUUGAAAAAGAUUGA